GCGUGUGGUGUGGCUGCUGCGUGGACACAACAGCCUUGUGUCUUUUCCCGGUGCAGGCAGAGAAAGGGGCCUCUGCACCUCAAGAGAAUCAGUAUCCAUGUGUUUUUGCAGCUGACAGUUUCGCACCGGCAGUUUGUGGAGCGGCCAUGGACGGCGCGGAGACGGCGCUGGAGCAGCUGGUGACGGAGCGCGCGCAGCGCCUCUUCCUGCUGUCCGACGCCGAGCGCAAGGGCUUCAUCGUCCGCAGGGACAUGCAGCGCAUGCGCGGGGAGAUGCCUCUGACGCCGGAGCAGCUGGAGGCAGUCUUCGACUCGCUCGACGUCCACGGGAACGGAUACCUCACCAUCGACCAGUUCCUCGCCGGCUUCGGUGACUUCCUGCGCACGCAGCGGCGGCCGCCGAGCCGGGAGGCCCAGCUUCGAUCGCUGGACGAGGCGGACUCUGGCGUGGGCAUGCCCUGCGGCGCGCGGCCCUCCGGCUACCAUGACGCGGACGUCGACGGCGAUGCGGACGUGGCGCGGGACGACGACGUGGACGACGACGACGACCACGACCCCAUGGAGGCGCUGCUGGCCCAGAUCGAGGACACGAGGCUGCUCUCCAGCACGGAGCCGCUGCGCCAGCUGGUGGGGCGGGUUCGCCGCGACGGGCUGCCGCUGGUGCAGGCCAACCUGGAGCGCUUCCUGGCACAGCUGGGCGCGGACCUCUCCAGGCGGCUGGAGGACGCCCGGCAGCUGGAGGCGGCCCUCAAGGCGCGGGACGAGGCCCACCACAAGCAGAUGCAGAAGCUCUUCGAGGAGAUGGAGGCUCAACUCAGUGAAGACAAAGAGAACAUAGUGAGACAGGAGGAGAAAAGGCUGCGGCUGGGACAGGCGUCGCUGAGGGAGCAGCUGCGGCAGCGCGACGAACAGCUGCAGGAGGCGCUGCUGGCCCAGCAGCAGGCAGCCGAGGACAACAAGAGGCUGCGCCAGGAGAACGUGCAGCUGCAGCGCCGCAAGGAGGAGCUGGAGCAGCGGCUGCAGGCGCAGCGGGAGGAGGCGGCGCGGCUGCAGCGCGUGGCGGAGGCUGCGAGGCGCCAGGGGUCGCGCCACCGGCAGCAGCACGUGGCCACGGGCUUCCGGCUCGCCUGGGCGCUGCUGCUCGAGCAGCAAGGGCUGGUGCAGCAGCUACAGAUGGUGAAAGGCAUGGCGGAGACCCUUACCUCCUGCCGAGAUCAGCAGACCACCUCUGAGGAGCGUCUCUCCAGCUCCAGAAAGACGAGCUUCUCUCAAUCACGGUCACAACCGACAAGUAUGUUAAGCGUCGGCUCUCUCGAUGACUACGAAUAUGACGAGGAGUUUUACAAGUUUCCUUGUGACAAAUUUGAGCCAGAGGAGCCUUCAGUUGAGGGAAGCAGAGUCACCUCAGCAGUCGCUGACACAGUCGCUGUGAACACGACAUCCCUUCAGGAUGAGAUUGCUCUUUCUCUGAAAGAAAAAGGCAGCCCUUGGCCAUCCUCAGAGAAUGCUGACAGUACGAAGCUGUCCACCAACUGUGUGUGCAGCUGCUACUCUGUGUUCAGCAGGGGAAGUGAACUAUCACACCUGUUUUCCUUCUCCUAUCACGAAUUUUGGCUUAUCCCUUUCAUUAUAAGAUAUUUCUGUGUGGGUACAAUUGUGAAAUACACAACAUGUGUCAUUGUGGCUUACAUUCUAAUGCUGAUACUGAAGUACAAAUGUGAAGCUUCUUAGAAGCACCUCAUUAUUAUGUGGCUAACUGUGGGCUGUGAAAGUACAAUAAAAUGCUAUGCUUUAAUUCAGAUUAAAUACAAACCAAGUAAAGGUGCCUUUAUUUUCUUACAGUUACAAAUGUAACUCCUUAAACAAAAGGCACUGUAAAGUAGGAGAGCAAUAAUGAGUCACCGACCUGUGUGUGUGUGCCUUAUUGUAAUAUCAAAACAUUGUUAAUGACCUUUGUAAGAACUAUUUUUGGAAUAAAUAUUUUGUCAUAAUUGAUAAUAAUAUAAUUUGCAGUUAUGUAAUGAAA